UCCUUUUUCUGGUUGCUUUUUGGUCUCUCCCAAAAUCCAAUUAUCUCUUCAAAGUUAGCUUCCAAAUUCCUCUUCAACGGAACCUGAAACACACGGCCUUUUCUCUCUUCCGAUCAUUCUUGGUGGAUUCCAUCACUUUCCCGAGAAAGAGAGAGAGAGAAAAACACAGUGCGAGAUCAAUCCCUCGGCGAAAGUUUCGAUUUUGAUGCGAUAUGAGGCCGCAGAAGAGGCCGAUCCACGCGGUGGCUACAUGGGUGAGGCGGCAGCCCCCUAAAGUCAAGGCCUUUCUGGCCGUCGUCUCCGGCAUGGCGGCUCUCGUGCUGCUCCGGUUCGUCGUCCACGACCACGACAACCUCUUCGUCGCCGCCGAGGCCGUCCACUCCAUCGGCAUCGGCGUCCUUAUCUAUAAGCUCAUGAAGGAGAAGACUUGUGCUGGGCUAUCACUCAAAUCCCAGGAACUAACAGCUAUAUUUCUAGCUGUUAGGCUGUACUGCAGUUUUGUAAUGGAAUAUGACAUACACACAAUCCUGGACUUAUCUACGUUGGCAGCAACCCUGUGGGUUAUAUAUAUGAUCCGUUUCAAGUUGAAGUCCAGCUACAUGGAGGACAAGGACAACUUUGCUAUUUAUUAUGUGUUGAUACCUUGUGCUGUGUUGGCUUUGUUUAUUCAUCCAUCAACUUCUCAUAACCUAAUAAACCGGAUUUCAUGGGCAUUUGCUGUCUACCUAGAAGCUGCAUCAGUACUACCACAGCUGCGUGUUAUGCAGAACACAAAGAUUGUUGAACCAUUCACAGCACACUAUGUAUUUGCAUUGGGAGUGGCGAGAUUUUUGGCCUGUGCCCAUUGGGUACUUCAGGUUCUUGACAGCCGUGGGCACUUACUGGUGGCGCUGGGUUAUGGGUUAUGGCCUUCCAUGGUUCUUAUCUCCGAGAUUGUUCAGACAUUCAUUUUAGCAGAUUUCUGCUAUUACUAUGUUAAAAGUGUGCUUGGAGGACAGCUUGUUCUACGUCUUCCCUCUGGGGUUGUAUGAACUGCGCAUCGAGAUUCAGAUGAGGAAACGGGGAUAGACAUUCACUGUCCUCGUAGUCUUGCUCUCUACCUGUUUUAUAUUCCAGAAGAAGGUUCUGGUUUACUUGUUAUGGAUGCACAUCCAGCAGAUUGCUUCUAGUAAGAAUCAGGUGUCAGCAACUUUGGUUGGAUGUUUUCUUAAUGUAUGCUUAAAAUCGUGAAUGAUAUAGGAUUUUGCAGCAACAA